CUGAGCCAAACAAGUCGUGAACCAAACCUUUUUGGUGAAUUGCAAUUUACACCUAAAACCCUAUUAAUCUCUGUCGCCUCAUCACAUUCACUUCCUCUCUCUUUCUCUCCCUCUAGAGAUUUCCGGCUUUGGAAAUGGCAGACCUUACAGAAGACAACGGAAAAUUCAAUGGUGGUGAAGCUGAGGAGAAGCCGCGAACGAGGCAUAAGGGGAAGCACGACAAAGAUAAGCCGUGGGAUGACCCGAGCAUCGAUCACUGGAAAAUCGAUAAAUUCGACCCCUCAUGGAACGAAGGCGGCAUGUUAGAAGUUAGCUCAUUCUCUACUCUCUUCCCUCAAUACAGAGGUGAAUAUGAAGAAGGAGAAAUGGAAGAAAAGAAAAAUGAGAAAAAGCUGAUAAAGAAGGGAAAAACACACACUUGUCUCCACGGUCACUGGUCGCUGGAGAACCACUGGUUCAGGUUGCCUUGUUCAGUUCUUUGUGGCACACAUAUUGCCCAGCACAAGGUGUGCCUUUUGCCACCUAUUCUAGGCACACAUCCUCACCUAACACCUUUUGAACUUACUGCCCAUUGCAUAGAUGAACCCGAAUAUCCCUAUAUAGAGAAAUAUUUGCAAGAGUGCUGGCCUAUAGUCAAAGGUGCCCUAAAAGAGCAUGGGGUUGCUUGUGAAUUAAAUUUGGUUGAAGGAUGCAUGACUGUUUCAACUACCAGGAAGACUAGGGAUCCCUAUAUUAUUGUUAAGGCUAGAGAUCUUAUUAAGCUUUUGUCACGAAGUGUUCCUGCUCCUCAGGCAAUAAAGAUCCUUAAUGAUGAGAUGCAGUGUGAUAUUAUCAAGAUUGGGAACUUGGUCCGAAGCAAGGAACGAUUCGUAAAAAGAAGGCAGCACUUAGUGGGUCCCAAUUCAUCUACUUUAAAGGCACUCGAAAUUUUAACUGGGUGCUAUAUUCUGGUUCAGGGAAACACAGUUGCAGCAAUGGGUUCAUUUAAAGGUCUGAAACAAGUGCGUAAGGUGGUUGAGGACUGCAUCUUGAAUAAAAUGCAUCCAGUAUAUAAUAUCAAGAUCCUAAUGAUGAAGAGAGAACUUGCCAAAGAUCCUACACUUGCAAAUGAAAAUUGGGACAGAUUCCUUCCCAAAUUUAAAAAGAAAAAUGUGAAACAAAAGAAAGUUAAAACUAAAGAGAAGAAACCUUACACGCCAUUCCCUCCACCACAGCAACCUAGUAAGAUUGAUUUGCAACUGGAAAGUGGUGAGUAUUUCUUAAGUGACAAGAAGAAGCAGGCAAAGACGUGGCAGGAGAAGCAAGAGAAACAGGCUGAAAAAACAGCUGAAACUAGAAGAAAACGUGAUGAGGCAUUUAUUCCUCCAGAGGAGCCUAAAAGAGAUCAGAGAACACAUGCUGAUGACAAGAAUGAUGUUGCCGCCAUUGCAUCGUCGUUGAAGAAAAAAGCUAAGGAUUUUGGCAGGCAAAAAUCGGCUGAGAAAAUUGAUGCAAAUGCAUAUAUUGCAGUUCCAGACAAGCAUACCUCAAAAAAGAAAUUAAAGAAGCAUUCCUAAACAUUCAGUAGUUUUAUUUCUGUUGUAUCAGGAGAGCUGGGAUAAAUGAUCUAUAAAAAUUGAUGGAAAAUUUUCUUACACUCAAGGCCGUGUUUGCUUCAAGCAUAGCCGCUGAACUCCUUUUUUGGGAAAAUGUUUAAUGGAAAUGGAUUUUAUUUGGGCUCGUCUGCUGUAGGUCUGUUGAAAGAACUCAUCAUCGUGAUUAUAUUGUUUGCUACAAUGUAAACUGGUUUGAAUUUUGAAAUUUAUUUGAAAGAAUUUAUGUUGUUCAGUUUUCCUACUGAUAUCCACAUGUAACAGCACUAGUAAAGUGCAUGUGAGAAUAAUUUAAUUUAUACGCUUUGUGAUAGUCUUUCG